GUUUUGUUUUGUCAACCGGCGGACUUGAUGCGCCAUGCAGUCACAGGUUUGAAGGGGAGGGGGGGAAGGAGGAAAGAAAAAAAAAAAUCUAACAGCUGUGGAUAAGGCCGCGGCUUGGAUUCAGGAAUUCAGCUGGGAAGAAUUAUAAACAUAUUAUCGGACGUAUAAAAUAAUAGUCGGUGAAUAAUUAUGGAGGAGAAGAAGGAGGAGGGCGAAGCGGAGAUCCAGGAGCACGGACCCGAGCACUGGUUCUCCAAAUGGGAGCGGCAGUGCCUGGCUGAGGCCGAGCAGGACGAGCCGAGUGAAGAGGAACCGGAGCAGAGCCGGCAGAAGCUGUGGCACCUCUUCCAGAACUCCGCCACGGCGGUCGCGCAGCUUUACAAAGAUCGAGUGUGUCAGCAACAGGGGCUUUCUCUUUGGGUCCCUUUUCAAAAUGCUGCUACUGCUGUCACCAACCUUUAUAGAGAGAGUGUGGAAGCGCACCAGCGCAGCUACGAGCUCGGCAUUCAGAUUGGCCAUCAGCGGCGCAACAAGGACGUUCUCGCCUGGGUGAAGAAGAGGAGGCGGACCAUCCGGCGUGAAGACCUCAUCAGCUUCCUGUGUGGCAAAGCCCCGCCCCCACGGAGCUCCCGGGCUCCACCCAGAAUCGCCAUGGCGCCGUCCUCGGAGACGAGCUCGUCCGUCGAGACAGACCUGCAGCCGUUUAGGGAGGCCAUCGCUCUGCAUGGCUUGAGCGGGGCCAUGGCGAGUAUAAGCAUGCGCUCCGGAGCACCGGGAUCGCCCACACACCUGAGCGCAGGCUCCACCCCCGGGCGUCGUAGAAACGGUCUCCACGACGUCGACUUGAACACCUUCAUCGCUGAGGAGAUGGCGCUCCACCUGGACAACGGCACCCGCAAGCGGAGCUCCGCCCAGUGUAGUGAUGUCAUUACAGACUCGCCCACCCACAAACGUAACAGGAUGAUCUGAGCCGUCUCGAGUUGACACAAAAAAGGAAAAGAAAAGAUUAAGAGAAAGUAAAACAAACUAAACAGCCACUUGUCAGUCAUCCUCCCAUCUUUACUCCGAACGGGAGAACCAAGCGGGAGGCGGAGCUCAGAGCAAAGUGCCCUUCCAUGCAAUUAUGUCUACAUACAUACACACACACCGUUAAUUCACUUUUCUGUUUGCGUUGAACGUCCGAGCGUGUACUUGUACUGCGGGAGAAGUGUGUGUGUGUGUGUGUGUGUAAGUGGUGUGAGUGAUGCUAUGAAUGUGAGGGUGUGUUUUUGGUCGUGUGUGUGUGUGAGGGGGAGGGAGGGAGUGGGAGAGAGAGAGAGAGACCUGCCUCCUCCAAGCAGCACCUGUCACUGCCCCAGCUCAGCUACCACACUGUGGCUUAAAGACAAACAAGUGUUUUUAUUAUUAUUUUAAAUUUAAAUAUUAUUUACAAUGUUAUUUUAUUUCAUUUUUAUUUUUUGCUGCUCAAGAAGCAGGCACUAGUGCUCCGUACACAGCAUUUACUGAACGUGACCCAGAAUCACCUUUUUGUAAUGAUUUAUUUUAAAAUUUUUCUUUAACUGUGAAGUUCCCAUCCUUCUCAUGAGUUCAUUCUGUAGUCUUCUUCCACUCCUCGUUCUCUCAUUUUCCUCCUCUUCCUCAGCACAUCUCCGGUGUAACAUUUAUGAAAUGUAAAUAACAGUAGGUGCUGACAUAGACUUGUGGUACAUAUUGUAAAAAAGAGCUGUGCAGAGACCAUUGAAUUGUUAAUGUACAAUAAUGAUUCUUGCAUUAAAGAAAUGAAGCUUUUAACUAAA